UCCCUCCACCUCUGUCCCUCCCUCUGCUGCUUUGAAUGAAAAAAAAAAAAAAAGAAUAGGCAGCUCUGUGUGCUGGAUGGGCUGGAUUCCCUCCAGAUCUCCGUGAAUCAGCUCCAGGGAGCUCAGCUUCUACUAGAAUCCUUAGCAGAGCCCAUUAACGUCCCCUGGAAGGAUCUACCACUGUGGAGGCACCCCUAGAAGUCACCCUAGACUACCCCUCUGUGCAGAGACUAAAGGCUGGGGUGCAAGGAGCUCACAACUCCCUCUUACUUCUGCUUCACAUCCCUGCCUAACAUCAUCACCAGCUGGGAGGGCUUCAUCCGAGGGUGUUCUGCAUGUGCACAGUAGGAGGUUCCCAGAUUUGUGUGUGAUCUGCAAGUCGGACGUGUGGAAGAAAUAAACAGCCAACAGAUCAGGUUUUUCUGGGAGUUGACCAAGGCUCUGCCAGACAUGGUAGGACAUCUGAAUCUUCAAGGCAUGGAAGACAGCUUAAAGGACAAGAAUCGGGAAGGGUUAUUGGACAGUCCUGAUUCUGGACUCCCACCGAGCCCCAGCCCUCCUUUUUACUCUAUUUCCCCAGGCAUCUCUGACAGCAGAGCUGAGGGCAGCACCACCCCAACACAUUACCCUGGAUAUGCCUACAAGAAGGAAGUCAAAGAGGGCAAAGUGAUCCCUUACCUCCUCCUCAACAACUCCAUGCCAGAAGUGCGGCCAAGGAUGCAACCAGUUGUGUUUGGAGAGAGUAUUGAAGUGAAUCCUGAGCCAGUACAAGAAAUCAGGUGCAAUUCUGAGAUCAAAUAUGAUUCAGAGAAGCAUUACCGAGAUCAUGUAUUCUAUGCCCCAGUUCCUACCAUCACUUCCUACAGUGAGACCAUAAUCUCCACUCCAAACUGCACGUGGAGGAAUUACAAAUCUCAGCUGCUCUUUGAACCUCGCAACAAACCCUUAAGGUUUCAAAGCACAACCAUCAUAUUCCCCAAACAUGCCAAGAACAUUUACAGAACAACACUCAAUUACAAUUGUGGAGGAGCCAAGAAAUGGUUUGCAUCAAGUGUGCAACUGGAACUGUGUGAAGAAACAAGCCCAUGUAUUAUAUAUACCGACACCCUAUAAACCUGAUCAAGGACUAUGCCCACCUUACUGAAGAACACACAAUGCACUUGGGCUUACAAAUAUGAGAUGGCGGAUCUACAGCUUAAGUGGUUUGGAUCCCCCAAAACUAACAUUAUUAAAAAUUGACUGUUUAUGAUUGAAAGACUUGUAUACUACACUGGGAUUUCCAGUGCGUUUAUGUGAAUAUUGUAUCUGUUCGCUACAAUGCCAUGUUUGUUUUAUGCUUUUUUGUACAUACUUUUGUUAAGUGGAAGAGUUUCAAGAGAGUUCACUAUCAAAUUUAUUGUUGUAACUUUUUCUCAUGUUAGCUAAAGCUGGCUAGGCACUAUCCAGUGCUUUAUUCAAUGCAAUGAAGAUUCAAGCAUCACUUUAAAUCAUUGACCUAAAGUAUACCUUUAGAAAAUGACUAAAUCAUUGGCCUAAAAUAUACCUUUAGAAAAUUACACUGAAAAGUAAGCACAUGAAUUAAGUGCUGGCACCUAGUUGUGUCUAUAUAUAUUUUUUUAUAAGUCUGCACAACCCUGAGGUAGAGUAUCACCCUAAUUUAAAUGCUUUAACACUUCAUGGUAGCAUGGUAUUGAAACAAUGAAAAUGUAUAGCACGGAAAAAUCUAUUGUUCAAGAACAAUACCAAUUCAAAAUAAAAUAUCUAAUAAACAGAAAUGAUUCAUUGCAGAGGCAAAAAUAACAAAUGUUUGCCUAAGGCCGCGUACACACGGACGAUCCAUUCGAUGAGAAUGGUCCGACGGACCGUUUUCAUUGGUUCACCGCUGA